CAGGGAUGUCCGCUCUUGCAACGCCGCAGAUGCAACCUGGACACGACACAGCCCGGACACAGCCCAACCGGUGUCUGGUCUUUUCCUGGGCCAUGUUAAUUACAUCUGUCGAUGCUGCCCGACCAUCUGGGAAUGUCCAUUGCCAACUAGCGCGGACGAAGUGAACCGUUCGCAGUAGCACGCCAGCAUGGACACCACCACUCACCCGGACCAGGCCCGCGGACAACGCUCGUUUCGUCCCCUCAGUCAUUAUUCCCGCCUGUCAAGCACGGCGGAAGUCGAUGUCCUCGCGCGCAUCCGGUCAAAUACCCCCUCGCCAGGCACGCUCUCGUGGCGGCCGCUGGCCGUGGGAUUGCUAGCGGCAGUGCCUUUCGUGUUGCUUCUGAUCGCCGCGCUGGCUCUGAACAACCGAGCGAUCAGUACCUCUGCAUGGUCGGCGGUCCAAAUCGCCAUAAAAGUGGCAGUGACUCUCUUCCCUUUCUGCUUUGCCGUGGUCGUGGGCCAUACCGCGCAGAAGGUGGCACAGUUGCGGCUCGAGCAUGGCGCUCCGGUCAGCAUAUUACAGCAGUGGAUGGGCUCCACCACCGUGUUCAGUGCCAUUGCGACCCAGCUGACUCUGCGUUCGUUCAAUCCGCUGGGCCUCGGGCUGCUCUGCGUCUGGACCCUGUCGCCGGUUGGAGCGCAGGCGGCACUGCGCAUGCUAUCAGCUUCUUUCCGGACUACCUCAUCAUCGCCCGUGUUGGCCUACCUGAAUGUGACGGCCACAUCCCGCCUCCUGCCCGCGGCCUCGUUGAGCUACCCAAACACGGCUGCCGACCAGAUGUUCGUAGCCAGCCUGGUCACCACCAGCCGCACAGAACAAUCUAGCACAGAUCUCUGGGGGAAUGUGAAAAUCCCUAUCCUGGGCAAUCAGACGACGUGGAUGCAAUCCGCUGGCCAAGGGGAUCCUGUGUACUCAACGCUCAUCGGUCUCCCCGUGCUGGGUCUCCUGGAAAAUGGAAACACGACGGCGACGGUGACCACAUCAUAUCUCUCCUUCAACUGUUCCGGAUUGCGCACAUGGCAGAAUUACAGCAGUUUCGCCUCCGGCCAGGCUCUGACAUAUCUGAACGGGUCGAGCUUGAAAGCGACCGUAUUCUGGUCGAGCAGGAACUACAAAGGUGGGUUUAUCGACGGCGAUUACACGGUAGGCACAUGCUCAGUAGUGUCCGUUCCUAUUGAGGCCUCGAUGAGCUGCUCGCGCACGAGCGAUAUAACCAGCGUCCAGGGCGACUGCACCAUCACCUCCGCUAUGGUGAAGGAUGGAGCUGAAGAAAGCCGACUGCUCCCAGAAGUGUUUCACAACGCCGAUUCCUUCAAUAUUUCCGCGUGGAGUAUUCAAAACGCCAUGCCUCCGAUCCUCGGCCACCUGCCGACAGUCAUGGAUAUCUUCAUGGCCGGUUCGUCCUCCUCGUAUACCUCGUUCGGGACCGCGAACAUCACGCUGUCCGAGUUGGACCCCACGGUCUUCUCGCACCGGCUGACCCAGCUGGUCAAUUCCUUCUACAUGGCUCGCUUGGGAUAUCAGUUUGUCGCCGAAUCCUCUCUCUCGGUACCGAGCAUCAACAUUACCGGCUCUUCUGCCGCCAGGGGCAGCGAUAUCCUCCAGUAUCAAUCCAACCUGGCCCAGUUCACCGUCACGCGGGGCAGGGGCCUUGAACAGGAGAGCGUUCUGAGAUGCUCUGUGCACUGGGCCUGGUUCAUGUUUUUCCUGCUGGCCACGCUGGUCCUCAUAGCGUCGUCGGUCGUCACCUCGCUUGUCACGGCGAGGUCCCGAGGACCGGAAAUUCUUGGUUUCAUAUCUACCUUGACCCGGGACAAUCCGAACUUUGAGUUCUCCAAGAUUCCCUCCACACUUAAUGGAUGGGACCGCGCACGAUUGCUGGGGGACGUGUCCAUUCGUUUUGGUGAUGUUGGCGGCAAGGAUGGCGGCCCGGGUUCGCUUGACAUUGGAUUGACCUCAUCUACUACCCGGUCACGACCGGAUCGAGAAUAUCUGUAGGGUUAUGAAAUAACCAGGAUGCAUUUGGCCUAUGUGGAUAUUUCACAUCGUACUGUUGGUGGUUCUACAUCCAGCUCCUUCCUAGACAGCGUAGAUGGCCGU